AUGGACUGCUGCAUCUGCAGCCCCAUGGCGUCCGUGUACAGGCUUCCCAGGAACACCAUCUGUGCUCCCUGCCACGAGGGCGCCAAGGCCAUCAUCGGAUUUCUGAACAAGGCUGAUGAGCAGCAGCAAGAAGAGGGCGGCCAUGGCUCUGUUCUCAAGUCCAGAGUGUCCAUGAUGAAGCCUGACAGCGCAACCAAGGUACGGGACGAAGGACGCGUGGGAGCAGGUGAAGGAGAUGAGAGGCAGGGAGGAGGAGGCCCACCAGAGCACUGCCUUCCUCGCGCAGGGAAGGAGGGAGUCCACACCGACAUCGUCGUGAAACCAGGCACUGGGCCCCCAAUCCCGGCCCACAAAGCCAUCCUGGCCGCGAGGUCGGAGGUGUUCCGCCACAUGCUGGCCGCCGACGAGCGCUGCAAGGCCCCCGCCGGCGACGCCAUCUCCCUCCCGGAGCGGACCCACGACGAGCUCGCCCUCUUCCUCGCCUUCCUCUACACCGGCGCGCUGGAGGACGACGGCGGCGGCGGCAGCCUCCAGGUCCCGGUCCAGGUCCCGGAGGAGCGGCAGCUGCACGCGCUCCUCGUGGCGGCCGACAAGUACGAUGUCCCGUUCCUGCGGCGGGCCUGUGAGGCGCGGCUGGCGGCGGCCGUGGACGCCUCCAAGCACGCUGGAGGUCGCGGAGCUGAGCUCCAGCGCAGUGCUCAGGGAGCGCGCCAUGGACACGGUGGUCGAGCACGCCGAGCAGGUGGUGUUCUCGCCCGAGUACGACGACUUCGCCGUCAGCAACGCCGGGCUGUGCGUCGACAUCACCCGGGCGCUGCUGCUGGCCAAGAUGCCGACUGUAGAUAG